GCCACCGCAACCUGACUGUACACCGCUUCGAUCACUAAUUUAUAUGGCUGCAGACCACAAGAAACACCCAAGUGCCCAACCGGAUGUUUGAGCGCCUGGCCCGUACAGUAUGGUCCAAUCUAGACAGUCUCGUUUCACCUAUCGCCAUCUCCGACUGUUACAACAAGCCUCACCCAAAAGCCCGCUGCGCGUCAUUGCCCUAAUUGAUUACGAUGCCUUCUAUGCCCAAUGUGAGAGCGUCCGCCUCGGCCUUCCGCCCACAGUUCCGCUGGCCGUGCAACAGUGGAAUGCGAUCAUUGCCCUCAACUAUCCGGCGCGGCAGUAUGGCCUGACUCGCGGCAUGUCCGUGGAUGAGGUCAAGGCCAGAUGUCCGGACAUAGUAUUACAACAUGUUGCCACUUGGCGGGAAGGAUCCUCCACCUGGGGCUAUUGGCCAGACGUGCUGCAGAGAAUGAAGACAGACAAGGCUGCACUGGAUCCGUAUCGACUGGAGGCCCGCCGGACCAUGACACUGGUCCGCGAAUCGCUUACCACGUCUCCGCUCCCAAUCGAACGGGCAAGUAUUGACGAGAUCUUCCUUGAUCUUUCUCCUCUCGUGUAUCAAGAGCUUGUGGCUCAGCAUCCCGAGCUACAGGUUUCGCCUAGUCCCGAUUUAGAUGCGCAUCUCCCGCUCCCCCAGUUGAAGAAAGGACUGGAGUGGCAUGGCGCGCAUCUCUUAGGAAGUCGAGCAGGGCAACCUGGUGAUGAAGAAUCAGCCCGGGACUGGGACGAGAUUGCGCUCAACAUGGGUUCACGGAUUGUCAAUCAGGUGAGGCAAGACAUACUGCGGCAGCUGAAAUAUACCAGUUCAGCGGGCAUCGCGUCGAACAAAAUGCUGGCAAAGCUCGCCGCCGGCCGGAACAAGCCCAAUGGUCAAUCGGUGGUGCUGCCCGAAGCCGUGUCGAGUUUCUUCUCUUCAUGCCCAGUCAAGAACAUUCGUGGCCUCGGACGAGACCUCGGCCGUCACCUGGUGCGGGCAUUCCAGACGGAUCAGGUCUCUGCCCUGCUGUCACUGAGCCGGUCGCAGUUGCAGUCUAUCUUAGGCUCGGAGGCCGGCAUAUGGGUCUACAAUGUCAUCCGCGGCGUCGAUGAGAGCGAGGUGGUAUCUCGCACGCAUACAAAAUCAAUGUUAUCGGCCAAGACCUUUGUUCCGAGGCUCCCGGCCGAUCGAGCGAGUCACUGGCUCCGCAUCUUUCUUGUCGACCUGCUCGGAAGGAUUCACGAACUCGAGGCCGAGGGGUAUGAACUGCGCCCGACGACCCUCACGUUGUGUCACCACAUGAAUGGCCGAUUCGGUCCGGGGCUCUCACGACAGGUGGCGAUUUCCCCGGCGAUGCCGAUUUCGGAGACUUCACUGAUGACCGCUGCGGACCCCCUGUUGACGAAUUUUACCAAGGAUCCCAAACUAUGGCCUUGUCAGGGUCUGUCACUACGACUCUCGGGGUUUCAGAUCAAGCCACUGCGCAAACGCACCAUUUUAUCGUAUUUCAGGCGAUCAGACGUCGCCAAGCAGGUCGAGUCAGUGGAGGAUGACCGUCACUCGCAGGCAGGUAGCUACCAUUGUCCCCAUUGCAAUCGAUCCAUUGGUGCGUCUGGAGCUCUAGAGCAUUUGGACUGGCAUCUGGCCGUGCAGUUAUCGCAAAAUGGAUAAACACAGGCAGUCCAGACAACAUCUGUAGCCCGGCUCUGAUGCGCCACCAGCCAUGAACACCCAGUUCGUUGAUGUGUCGAAUCCAGUAUCAAUAAAUUCGUGCUCAAGCAUGUGAAAUCAGCAGCACCGCUUCUUAUUCCCAUCCUAAAGCAGACUAUAACAAAGCGCUCGCUCUGUUUCAGGCUAAGAAGGAAAGGGUCCAACCGCUCAUCUUCAUGAAAGGAUGCCGAGGUUGGAAGCCCUU